UGUACUGACGCCUCUUGUCCUCCCUCAGACGCGCUCGACUACUCCCUCGGACCCUCAGGUCAUAGCGGCGUGAACCAGCUGGGCGGAGUGUUCGUCUCUGGCCGGCCCCUCCCAGACACCACCCGCCAGAAGAUCAUCGAGCUCGCUCACUCCGGCGCGCGCCCCUGCGACAUCUCCCGAAUUCUCCAGGUGUCCAACGGCUGCGUCUCCAAGAUUCUCGGCAGGUACUAUGAGACGGGUUCCAUUCGGCCGCGCGCCAUCGGGGGUUCGAAGCCGCGGGUGGCGACGCAGGAAGUGGUGGCCCGCAUCGCGCAGUUCAAGCGGGAGUGUCCGUCGAUCUUCGCCUGGGAGAUCCGCGACCGUCUGCUGUCCGAGGGCGUGUGCUCCGCCGACAACAUCCCCAGCGUCUCGUCCAUUAACCGCGUCCUUAGAAACAUCACCAACAAGGAGCAGGUGGGUGGGUCGCCUUCAGGAGCGGGGGGCGGCAACCCUUCGGCGGGGGGCGGCAGCGGAGGAACCAUAGUGCCUGCGACGGGAGGUGGAGGAGGUGGAGGAGGAGGAGGUGGAAGCGGAGGAGGAGCUGGAGGAGGAGGGAACCAGACCAUGGGCGUGGGCGGAGGGAAUUCCACCCACAGUAGCAACGCCAGCACCCCCACGCCCUCCCUCACGCCCACGCAGGACCCGAUGUACGAUAAGCUGCGGUUGUUGAAUGGUCCGAAUUCGUGGUCUCGUGCGCAGUGGUGA